UAGAUUGUCGCAUAAUUUGCAAUAGCUCGACAUUUAUGUGCUACGAUAAUGACUAUUCGAAAAUUCACCAUUGAUUUAUUAUUUUUCAAACGUACUUAUACGUUGCUUAAAAUAGUCUUUCCAUUUUCACGAUGUCGGAUAGUGCCGAGUUCUUUUCUGAUUGCCGUAUGUGUCAUCAUUGUUUCUAUUGCAGAUCAGGUGGCAACCUAUUUUGUGGGCGUGUUACCGAGUGAAUUUUAUGUCGCACUUGGUAAUCGCGACAUUACAACCUUCCGAUUACUUGCUGCUAAAGCAACCUUAAUUAUUUUGUCGAAAGCUUCGACAUUAUCAGCGAUAAAAUAUAUGGCGGCACAGUUAUUUUUAAAAUUUCGCGAAACUACCGGAUUUACACUGCAUAGAUUAUAUUUUAAGAGACAAGGCUAUUAUCGCUUAAAUGUGCUCGAGGAUAAUUUUGAUAAUCCUGAUCAGCGUAUGACACAAGAUGUUGAAAAGGCAACAAAAUUAUUGGCACAGGAAUUGUUUGCACCCGUUUUUAUGGCUCCAUUUGUUAUCGGAUAUUAUACUUUCUUAACAUAUGAAAGUUCGGGAUAUCUUGGACCACUGACAAUUUAUGCCUAUUUCACGUUAGCUACUGUUAUCAACCGACUUUUGCUCUCUCCAAUUGUACUGUUGGUUAAUGAGCAGGAGAAGAAGGAAGGUGAUUUCAGGCUGCGUCAUGUUGAAGUCCGUACUAAUGCUGAAGCGAUAGCGUUUUAUCAAUCCGGACUAAUUGAAAAUGUUAUGACAAACAAAAGAUUGAAAUCACUGAUUAAAGUGCAAAACAAGCUGGUUGAAUGGCGUUUCGCAUUGAGUUUAGCAACAAGCGCUUUCGAUUACUUUGGUGGAACGUUAAGUUAUUUGAUUAUAUCCAUUCCGAUAUUUCUAACGCAUAAUUAUGAUGAUUUAUCCGGGAUAGAGCUUUCUGGCAUCAUCAGUCGGAACGCGUUUUAUUACUUGUAUCUCAUCUAUAGCUUCACUCGUUUAAACGCACUUUCGGAAGUGGUUGGCGAUAUGGCCGGUGUGACCCAUCGGAUAAUUGGACUGUAUGAAGAGUUGGUAAGAUUACAUAUUGACAGGCUUGAGACGGAUCGCCCACCAUCCACAGUUCCAUCCUCGGUGGUAGUUAUCGCUUCGGAAGAUCCAGAGAAACCGAAUAUAAUCCCGGAGAGGAAGAUUGAAGAACUGUAUGGUAAACAGGGGCACUUAUUUGAACUUGAGCCAGACGAUGAAGAAGUUGAAUUUCUCUUACAACGAGCAGAUGAAAAUCGUGACAGAGAAGAUCCGGAAUGGCUUGACGAUGGCAUUGCGAUGACCCUCGAUUCAGUUACUGUUGCAUUUCCGAAUGACUCAUCGGCACCCCUCGUCUCGAAUUUGUCGUUGCAAAUUGUCGAGGGUAGAAACUUACUAAUAACUGGCGACGGUAGUGUUGGAAAAACUUCAUUACUGAGAGUAUUUGCUGGACUUUGGAAAUGUGUCACUGGAAAGCUAGAAAGACACUGGAAAAUGAGUCCGACGACGUUAUAUUUUGUGCCACAGAAAACGUACUUCCCUGGUGGCUGUAGUUUACGUCAGCAGUUGGUUUAUCCAUUGAAGGCUUUAUCUCUUGAAAAGGAAGCAGCUCGUUUAGCUCAAAUCCUGGAAUGGGUCAAAUUGGAGCAUUUGUUACAGCGAUGUAAUGGUUUAGAUACACCAGUAGAAUGGGACUGGUCUGAAACAUUGUCACCGGGUGAACUGCAAAGGCUUUCAAUUGGUCGAGUACUCUACCAUCGACCACGAAUAGCAUUUCUGGACGAAGCAACAAGUGCUAUUGGUUUUGAGAUGGAAAUGUCACUGUAUCGCUUGAUGAAAAAGGAGCGCAUCUCAUAUGUCUCAAUAGGACAUCGAUUUUCUCUAAAGCAGUACCACGAUGUAGAGUUACAUCUCAGUGGUCAUGGUGAAUGGACGCUGAAUGACUUCGACUCAACGAAUAUUAGCAGCGGUCGUACUACAAGUUUUAUCAAUCUUUCUGCGAAGAAUAUUUAAAAAUGUUCUCCAUUCUUCUAUCAUUCGUUUUAUGCAGUUCCGUCGUUUCGUAACAAAGCAUCCGUUUUGCUAUCGAAAUUUCAUUUAUUUCGAUGGUGUUCCUAUCAGAACGAUGUAUUUCAUUUUUAUUACCGGUUGUAUCAG